AUGCUGACCACCCUGUGGCUGCUGCUCAGCUUUGCUGUCCCAGUGCUGGGAUUCUAUGUUUCCAUCAACUGUUCCCAUGGCAAGUUAUGCCAACGGGCCCUACUUUCCAACAAUGAUAUCUUACUGCAUUGCAACUCCUCUGGGGCACAGUGGCACUACUUUUUCCUGCAUGAUGAGACCAACUGGUCCAGCCACCCCCUCAGUGUUCCGAACGUAGAAAUAAGGCCUGGAGGCAGCAUUCUCAUUAAAAAUCCAUUGCCAUCCCAGACGGGCUUCUACAACUGCCAGGACAAGAACGGCACCCAAGUGGUGCAGUACGAGAUUGACUUUCAGGACGUCAGCAUCCUGCAUAUUACACACAGAGGCCUGGGCCAAAAGCCCCUGCAGAGUGAGUCCCUGAGUCUGGGCAGCAAAGAGCUCAUCUUCACUCACUGGGAUCCCUGGCAGGACUGUAACCGCUGCGGGGAGCCGGGUGAGCGCAAACGCCUGGGGUACUGCUACAUUCAGGAGCCUCUGGAGAAACCCUUGCCCUGCUGGCUCUAUCUGGGAGGUGCUAGGCUGUGGUCCAGCCGCAUGCGGCCUGAGAUGCAGGUGGAAGCCUGUAAUGUCCCAUGUGAAACAUCAAAUGGGAAGGACAUCAUUUUUGACAACUUCGAGCUCAGUGAGGAGUCAGGAUCUGCGUGGCUCACCUGUCCCCCAGGAUCCAUCUACAGGCCCACUGUCUGGGAAGCCAACAACACACCCCUGACCUGGCAGGGCCAGCUCUCUGGCCAAGAUGUGAGCACCAUCUUGGACCCCUCCAAUGGUGGCAGGCGACUUCAAGUCUUCCAGCCGGCCAUUUACAAGUGCUUUGUGCAUCAGGAGCUUGUAGCUCGAUUCAACCCCAUGACCAAGCUGGAUAUAUUGGAGAGUCUGAGGAGAGAUGAAGAUGGACAACAGCAGGAGGCAGGAGAGGCCCAGAAGGGGAAGGCCAACUCUGUCCUCAAGGGGCUGAAGCUGAUGCUGCUGGUGGGCACCAUCUUGGGCCUGCUUGGGAUGCUGCUCAAGCUGUUCCGCCCUUCACGGAGCAAAAGAAGCAACCAUGUGCUGCUGGUGAAAUAAAGUAAACCUGCAAUGUCCAAGA